AAGUAAGUUUCAAAUCUGUAUCUUCAGCACUUAAAAACAAUUGUCAGCUGCUUUGUUUCUAACUUUCUGUUCGGUUCUAAGGAAGAACAUGGCUGAUGAAGAGCCUAAAUUAAGUUUCUGCAGAACCAAACAAAGCAUUGGCAUCUUAUUCAAAUGUUGAUUAUUGCCUUUGUUUUGUGAUAUUUACUUCUCAUUCAGCAUACAGGUAUAUGGUCCCAACCCAACAGUGAGAACUUCACCCGGUGCUUCGACCAUCCAAAGAAUCACAAAAAGCUAGAUGCAAAGACAAAUGGCUACAUUCUCAUCAAUGCUAAUGGUGGCUUGAAUCAGAUGAGAUUUGGGGUCUGGCUGUUGUGUGUUUUCAUUGUUUUUAGAGGCAGAACUUACAUAAUUGAUGCUUUAGGUCUGAUGUGUAAAUAAUUUUAGAAUACAGAUUUGCGAUAUGGUUGCUGUUGCUAAGAUUAUGAAGGCAACACUUGUCCUUCCUUCACUUGAUCACACAUCCUACUGGGCUGAUGAGAGCGGCUUUAAAGAUCUCUUUGACUGGCGACAUUUCAUCGAGACACUGAAGGAUGAUAUCCACAUAGUUGAGGAAUUACCCCCUACCUAUUCUGACAUUGAACCUUUUAACAAAACUCCAAUUUCUUGGUCUAAGGAUAGCUAUUAUAAGAAAGAGGUUUUGCCACUAUUGAAGCAGCAUAGAGUAAUCUAUUUUACUCAUACUGAUUCAAGGCUUGCCAACAAUGGUCUCCCAAGUUCCAUUCAAAAGCUGAGGUGCCGUGUAAAUUAUGUGGGACUAAAAUAUUCAGCUCCAAUUCAACAACUUGGAAACACCUUGAUUUCUAGGAUGCGUGAGAAUGGGGGCCUGUAUCUUGCUCUCCAUUUGAGGUACGAAAAGGAUAUGCUUGCAUUUACUGGAUGCAGUCAUAAUUUGACAGCAGAAGAAGAUAACGAACUGCGUAGGAUGCGUUAUGAAGUUGGCCAUUGGAAGGAGAAAGAGAUUAAUGGUACAGAGAGAAGAUUGCUGGGAGGUUGCCCAUUGACCCCCAGGGAAACUUCACUUCUACUUACAGCACUGGGCUUCCCAUCAAGCACCCGAAUCUACUUGGUAGCUGGUGAAGCUUAUGGAAAUGGAAGUAUGCAAUAUCUCAUGGAUGACUUUCCUAACAUAUUCUCACAUUCCUCCCUCACCGCAGAGGAGGAAUUGGGGCCCUUCAAGAAUCACCAGAACAUGUUGGCUGGUUUGGACUAUGUUGUUGCCCUACAAAGUGAUGCAUUUGUUUAUACUUACGAUGGAAAUAUGGCAAAGGCAAUUCAAGGACAUAGGAGAUUUAAGAACUUCAACAAGACUAUCAAUCCGGACAAGAUGAAUUAUGUAAAACUUGUGGAUGAAUUAGAUGAGGGGAAAAUUUCUUGGAAGAAAUUCAGCUCCAAAGUGAAAAAGCUUCACAAAGAUAGAGUUGGGGUACCAUACUAUAGAGAACCUGGAGAGUUUCCAAAACUGGAGGAGAGUUUCUUUGCUAAUCCUCUUCCUGGAUGUAUUUGUGAAAGAACAGAAGAAAGAUAGAGCUUCACAAGUUACAAUUCAGGAUUUGUAAAUUUUAAGCCCAUUUAAUGAGUCAAAGUUCAUCCAGAAAGAAGGAUGUGCUGCCACUCUUUCGAACAUACCAUCCUUCAAGGAGACAAUCUUACACUCUCCAACUUGGACUAAAUCCAACAAAUUUGUUACAAGAAGCCUGCUCAGUGGGAGAAAAUCUAUUAGUUCGCAUGCAACCAAGUGCACUGGGGCUCCUGCAGAUAUACUUCUGGUAUACUGUUCUCAAAAGAUAGAGGUGAUAUUCAUUCAAGUACUGAAUUUGAUCGGUUUUCUUUUUCCCCUUAAUUGGUUUGGGUUCUGGAGGCAAAAAAAAGAGGUGGGGAUUGAAUAAUUUGCAAGGGAUAUCACAAUGGGCAGAUGCUAAUUUGAUUGUAUUACUUUUGGCUAAAAAUAAUACAAAUUAGGAAAAUAUAUGAUUUUACUUUUAACGCAACCAAAGUUUCCUGGAAAAUAAAUUCCCUAUGUUCAU